GAGAGAGAGAGAGAGAGAGAGAGAGAGAGAGAGAGAGAGAGAGAAGAGAUAAAGUCUCCACAGGCCAGGCUCAUUUGUUUCUUCGCAGAACUAUACUCUGACUGACUGGAUGUCUAACUCACUGAACGUCGUUUCAACUCUUUGUGUCAGACUAGCGGACCGAGGUCUGCUACAAGAGCACUUGAAUGUGAUGAACACAGCUCAGAGUGACUUCGAUACUUUGAGAAGAUCUGUUGUACACGGGAUCGCCGCCAAAGCUCAACAUUCACAAGACCUCAUGUUUUUUUCUGUAAUUAUUUAUUGAUUUUGAUUCCAUUUUUUGGUAGACUUAAAGUACGUUUCAUUCUCACAACUGGAACAGCUUGGUAUAAACACAAAAACAUAUACAUUGUGCUUUGCUGCUGGAUAAGUACUGCCUUAAUCCCCCUCUGGUCUGGAUUCAUUUUAUUGGACUCCUUGUUGUAUUCUUCUACAUCUAACCAGAGAGAGGGCGCGUGGGAACCCUGCGUCAGAAUAAAUCAAACCCUGGGAAACAUUAUAGAGGAGGUCCUAAAGGUUACUACCAAACCGAUUGCAGUGCGCUGUUGUGACCCUGCUGUCCUCUGAUUGGUCAUGGCAGACUGGAGCCUUCUGGGAAACUUCCUUGAAGAAGUACAGGAACAUUCUACCUCUGUUGGCAAGGUGUGGCUGACCAUUCUGUUCAUCUUCCGAAUCCUCGUCCUGGGCACUGCGGCCGAGUCUUCCUGGGGAGACGAACAAGAGGACUUCACCUGUGACACCAUCCAGCCCGGCUGUGAAAACGUCUGCUACGACCGGGCCUUCCCAAUAGCGCAUAUCAGAUACUGGGUAUGGUGCAUGGUGUUUGUGUCCACGCCCCGUCUCAUCUACAUGGUCCAUGCCAUGCACAUCGUACGCUGCGAGGAGAAGAGGAGGAGCAGAGCGGAGAUCCAAGAGGAGGGUGGAGGCAGAGAGGAUGACCCAGGAGGAGGACAGAAAGGAGGAGAGAGGAAUGUAAAGGGAGAGCAGGAUGGAGGUAGGGAGGAGCAAGAGGAGAGAAAGGGCGUAUCCACCUUAGGGGGGGCGUUGCUACGAACCUACAUCCUCAGCAUUCUCAUACGGAGCAUCAUGGAGGUGGUGUUCUUGUGUCUGCAGUACUUCAUGUAUGGAAUUUUCCUCCAUCCUCUCUUCAUGUGCCAGGCCUGGCCAUGUCCUCACCCGGUCAACUGCUACAUCUCCCGACCCACUGAGAAAAACGUCUUCAUCGUGUUCAUGCUGGCUGUGUCUGUGGUCUCACUGGCACUCAGUGUGCUUGAACUCCAGCAUCUAGCAUGGAGACACUGCAUCAGGCACAUCAUCACCAAGGGGAGAAUAUCACCCUGCAAUAGGGAGUUACCUUUGCCAACACCAUUAACUCCACCUCCUGACUUCAACCAGUGUGUGAUUGGUUCUUCACAUUACCUACCUCUCCCGUUUCCCAACCAUCGAUUGGCCACUCAGCAGAACUCUGACAACAUGGUUGCUGAGAUGCAUAAGAUGGCUGUGGAGGAGAACUUCCUUCAGAUGACCUGCUACAAGCAUGAAAGACAGACUGGAGACUGUGGCCACAUGCAAGACGGUGGCUUCCAGAAUGAAGGGGUGGACUGUUCCAACAAGGAGGCAUCUUUUCCUCAGAUCAAGUACAGUAAAACAGGAUUCCCAGUACCAAGCCCCAGUGGAGUUUUCUUCCAGAAGGACAAGCGGCGAUUGAGCAAGACCAGCGGGACCAGCAGCCGAACCAGGGCUGAUGAUUUAGCCAUUUAGAGACACUUGAAGAAAACCGGGGCGCAAAUAGACACAUGAUGUCCUGUGGUUUUAUGAGUAGAAAAGAAUGAGCUCUUCAUGAAGCAGUUGGAACACACCCUCUACAGCCAGAUCUCAUCAAAAAGUUUGGAAGAGCUCAAGGCCCUAGUUACUUGAGGAGGAUCAUCUCGAUGAUGGCUCAAAACUGAUUCUGCUGACGAAGAGCAGGAACUAAUUUGGCUGGGGUCUCAUUAUGACAUGAAAAUAUUGUGUUGAAACUUUGACUAAACAAGUCUGAGUUUAAGGUAAAAGUUUGAGGUAAAAGCUCAAAAGCAAAUAAAACCGGUAAACAGUAACUUUACAAUAAGGGUACAUUAAUUAACAAUGAUUUACCAUUAGUUAAUGCAGUAAUAACCACUUAUAAUGUGUUUAGUAAUAAUUUACUAAUGAUGUUCACGUUAAGGUAUUCAUUGAUAAAUGAUCUGAUAGAAUUAACCGGAACCCACUAACCUUUUACCCUAAAGCUGUGUUCAUGCUAUAUAAUGUUUAUUAUUGCAUUAAGGUUAAUUAACGUGCCCUUAUUGUGAGGUUUUACAAGUUAGACUAUGACGAAAAGACAGAGUGCCUCGGGCAAUCUUGCCUCCUGCAACAAACGCAUACAAAGGUCAACCGCUAUUUAGAUUUACUGACCCAUGUUUGGUUUUGGAUCAAUGUAUAUUUUUAUUUGCAGUGUACUUUUCUUUGUUCUUGCACAGAAUAAAAUGCUAAUGAGAAAA